AUGGCUAUCGGCAAAGAAGGAAACGUGAAGUGGGUUGAUGGUUUGAGAGGACUGGCUUCCUUCCUCGUUGUUGUAACCCAUAUCGCCCGUGCUUUUGACGAACAACUGUUCAGCCCCGCCAUAUCCGAGAAUGGCCCUCAACGCUUCCUCCAACUACCCUACAUCCGCGUCCUAAUCCAAGGCCGGAUCGGUGUGGCCAUCUUCAGCAUGGUGACGGGCUACGUCUGUGUCUUGAAGCCCAUCAAGCUUAUUCGACAAGGAAACCGAGAGGCUGCUCUGAUGACCUUAACGAAGUCUUCGCUCCGCCGCAUCCCACGACUCAUCCUGCCGACCACGAUCGCGACCUGCAUUAUCUGGAUAUUAACCCAGCUUGGCGCCUUCCAGGUUGCGAAGCACACCGGUGCCGGGUGGACCAGCUACACGAGCCCGAGACGCUUCGAUACUAUCGGCAAGAAUUUGUACUGGCUUAUGAAGCAAAAUAUCCGAACCUGGGUUUCGAUGCAAAAUGAUUACGAUCCGAACCAAUGGACGCUCCUGCCGCUGUUGAAGGGUGCGAUGAUCAUCUAUGUCUUCAUUGUCGCUACCUGUACGAUGAAGACGCGCUACCGAAUGAUGUCUGCCGUCCUGAUGUGGUUCUACUAUUACGUGUCCAAUGAUUCUGCUUUCGGUAUGCAGUUCUUCUACGGCGUCUUCCUCGCUGAACUCCAAAACCUACCCUCCGCAAACGAAUUCCUCACCUCGCGCCCGAUCCUCUCCCGCGUCAUUUCGACGUUCUGCAUGAUCUCUGGCUUCUGCAUCGCCUCGCUUCCCGAACACAACGUUGAGUGGGCCGCUUGGUCGAACAACAUGAGGCUGCUCUUCGAUUUCAUUCUCCCCAAGGGGGCCGACUACCCCCGAUUCAGCACCGCCUUCGGCCUGCAUUUGAUUUCCAUGGGCCUCCACUGCAGCCCUCUCCUCCGCGACUUGCUGAGCAACCGGUGGUUCCUCUGGCUAGGAAAGCAGUCCUUCGCGGUAUACCUGCUCCACGGCACCCUCCUCCGCACCGUCCUCUGCUGGAUGGUCUACGGCUUUACCGUGCUCCCCGAUCACAAGGACGAUGAGGGCAAGAUUGUCCCCACCCACUUCGAACGCCCUAGCGGCCUCCGGGUGCUUGUUUGCCUGCCAUUCUGGCUACCGCUUAACUACGCCGCCGCCGUGGUCUGGACCACCUACGUUGACCCGUGGUGCGCCCGCGUGACGGAGAAGAUGGUGAACUUUGUCAAGGAUGACAAGGAAAUAUUAGGAUCUGAACGACUCCUCGAUCCCACGAAGGAAGGAAGGACAUGA